CUUCAACCUGCUCAUGCUGACGCCUUCCAGCCUGAGGAACCUAGCCCAGUAGAGGAAGAUGACGGCCAGUAUGUAGUGGAAAGGAUCAUGCGCAGAGAGGUCCGUCGCCUUGGUCGGAAGGCUACGCCCUUUGAGGGCUUUUGGGUUCGAUGGAAAGGCUGGGGGCCUGAACACGAUGCCUGGGUCCGGACUGCAGACAUCGAUCCUGAAGUUAUCACCGACUUCAAGACCGCUCACCCAGAGGCAUUCGAAGUGGAUGAAGGACCGCGACGUAACUCGCAGCGGAAGAUGAAAUGAACGCCCUGAUGGGCCUGGUAUAAUGACUGUGUGAUGGAAAGAUCAGGAAGCAAGGAUGGAUUCGAUUCGAACGGACUGACGGCAAGGAAAGCAUCUUCCUAAGGCUCACUGAGGGCAGUGAUAACCUCCUUUAAAGCCCGGGAUAUGAUAC